GGCGGAGAGAGGGUCGCGCCGGCCCUGCUAGGUUCCGCCCCUGCGCCCUCCCGCCCGCCUCCUUUUUAAGCGCCUCCCGCCCAGCCUCCGCUCCCGCUCGCUGCGCUCCCUCCUUCCCCGCUUUCCUUAUCUCCCCGGCUCCGCUCGGUUCUCGUGGCCACCGCGCAGCCCCCGCCCAGGUGCCAUGGCCGCUGUGUACCGCCCCGGCCUGCGGCUUAGCUGGCCUGGGCUGAGCCCCUGGGGCUGGUCAUCAUGGCGCAGCAUCCAGACCCUGCGAGUACUCAGUGGAGAUCUGGGCCAGCUGCCUGCUGGGGUGCGAGACUUUGUGGAACACAGUGCCCGCCUGUGCCGACCGGAGGGCAUCCACAUCUGUGAUGGCACCGAGGCUGAGAACAUUGCCACGCUGACCCUCCUAGAAAAGCAGGGACUUAUCCGAAAGCUCCCCAAGUACAACAACUGCUGGCUGGCCCGCACAGACCCCAAGGAUGUGGCACGAGUAGAGAGCAAGACGGUGAUUGUAACUCCUUCUCAACGGGACACAGUGCCCCUCCCCGCUGGUGGGGCCCGUGGGCAACUAGGCAACUGGAUGUCCCCAGCUGAGUUCCAGCAAGCUGUGGAUGAGAGGUUUCCGGGCUGCAUGCAGGGCCGAACCAUGUAUGUGCUUCCGUUCAGCAUGGGUCCCGUGGGCUCCCCACUGUCCCGCAUCGGAGUGCAGCUCACUGACUCAGCCUACGUGGUAGCAAGCAUGCGUAUCAUGACCCGGUUGGGGACGCCCGUGCUCCAGGCCCUGGGAGAUGGCAACUUUGUCAAGUGUUUGCACUCUGUGGGCCAGCCCCUGGCCGGGCAAGGGGAGCCGGUGAGCCAGUGGCCAUGCAACCCAGAGAAAACGCUGAUUGGCCACGUGCCUGACCAGCGGGAGAUCGUCUCCUUCGGCAGCGGCUAUGGUGGCAACUCCUUGCUGGGCAAGAAAUGCUUUGCCCUUCGCAUCGCCUCUCGGCUGGCCCGGGAUGAGGGCUGGCUGGCGGAGCACAUGCUGAUCCUGGGUAUCACAAACCCCGCGGGGAAGAAGCGCUACGUGGCGGCCGCCUUCCCCAGUGCCUGUGGCAAGACUAACCUGGCCAUGAUGCGGCCAGCACUGCCGGGCUGGAAAGUGGAGUGUGUUGGGGAUGACAUUGCCUGGAUGAGGUUUGACAGUGAUGGUCGACUCCGGGCCAUCAACCCUGAGAAUGGCUUCUUCGGGGUGGCCCCUGGCACCUCUGCCACCACCAAUCCCAAUGCCAUGGCCACAAUCCAGAGUAACACUCUUUUCACCAAUGUGGCUGAGACCAGCGAUGGUGGAGUGUACUGGGAGGGCAUUGACCAGCCUCUUCCGCCUGGUGUCACCGUGACCUCCUGGCUGGGCAAACCCUGGAAACCCGGAGACAAGGAGCCCUGUGCACAUCCCAACUCUCGCUUUUGUGCCCCGGCUCGCCAGUGCCCCAUCAUGGACCCAGCCUGGGAGGCCCCUGAGGGUGUCCCCAUUGAUGCCAUCAUCUUUGGAGGCCGCAGACCCAAAGGAGUACCCCUGGUAUAUGAGGCCUUCAACUGGCGCCACGGGGUGUUUGUGGGCAGUGCUAUGCGCUCUGAGUCCACUGCUGCGGCUGAACACAAAGGGAAGAUCAUCAUGCACGACCCAUUUGCCAUGCGGCCCUUUUUUGGCUACAACUUCGGGCACUACCUAGAACACUGGCUGAGCAUGGAGGAGCGCAAGGGGGCCCGGCUGCCCCGCAUCUUCCAUGUCAACUGGUUCCGGCGGGACGAGGCGGGCCGCUUCCUGUGGCCAGGCUUUGGAGAGAAUGCUCGGGUGCUAGACUGGAUCUGCCGGCGGCUAGAAGGCGAGGACAGUGCCCGAGAGACACCCAUCGGGCUGGUGCCGAAGGAAGGCGCCUUGGAUCUCAGCGGCCUGGGAGCCAUAGACACAACCCAGCUGUUCUCGCUCCCCAAGGACUUCUGGGAACAGGAGGUUCGUGAUAUUCGGAGCUACCUGACCGAGCAGGUCAAUCAGGAUCUACCCAAGGAGGUGUUGGCUGAACUGGAGGCCCUGGAGGGACGUGUGCGCAGAAUGUGACCUGAGGCUCCAGGCUAGCAAGAGAGCACGGCGACCCCCAUCCCUUCCCAGCCCCCAUCUAGGGAUAGGAGAGCCACCAGGCUUGCAGAAAAUAGGAGCGAUUUGAUACAACCAACAUCUGGGUGCCAUGAGACCAGGCCACAGACCUUCUCUGACCCUCAGUCCAAUAAUAAGAGACGGUCAUUUAUUUUCCACAACUUUCGUGCUGUUUUCAUUCCCGCCUGUCUUCAUGGGCUUCUAACAACAAUUUCACAGUCUUCUUGCAGCCCUCCAGGCAGCCAGCGCCCCAGUGCAGCCUGGCCUGGCACAGCCUGGUGGUAGCCAGGAUCUCACUCACAGGCAGCUCUGCCACUGGGCCAUAGAAGUAGGAAUUUCUGGGAGAAGGUGCAUCGACUUUGUGUCCCGAGGUCUUAAAAAGAUGGGAGCUUCUGCGAGCUGCU